AGUUUAUAUGUCUCUCUUCCUGUCUUUUCACAUAUACUUAUAUUCAACAAUUAAAAGGUACUUGAAUACUUCAAACUUGCUAAAAGGUAGACAAGUGAAAUUAUUCCUAAUUAAACUUGAACAUUUUUUUGAUACUCUCAUUAUAGAAUAAUGCUAUUAAGAGCUUUCGAAAGGUUUUUUCCACUGACAGGACGAAGGAUAGUCAUUUCUUACGAAAAAACCUCUGGUUGCACGAAAACAGCUUUAAAUACUUGCGUUUUAAUGAGUGCAGGUGAUCUAAUAGCACAGAUCUUUAUAGAAAAAAAAUCUUUUAAAGACUAUGACGCACAGAGAACUAUUCGGUUUGGAUUUGUAGGUUUAUUUAUAGCUGGACCUAGUAUGCACUAUUGGUAUAGAUGGUUGGAUAAAGUUAUCAUAACACCAAAGAAAUGUCUCAAAGCAGCUACAAAAAAGACUCUAUUAGAUCAAUUAGUUUUUCUACCAGUCUAUUUAGGAGGUUAUAUUGGUGUUAUGGGAGCUUUGAGAAAUGAAAAAUUUAAGGAAAUCAAUGAAAAAAUUACAAGAGAUUUUAGCCCUCUCCUUAUCAACAGCUAUCAAAUUUGGCCGGUGGUUCAAAUAUUAAACUUUCACUACGUUCCUCUAAAGUACAGAAUUUUCUUGAUAAACAUUGUUGGUUUAGCCUGGAAUACUUAUAUCGGAUAUUGCGCCGAAACAAAAUAA